UCCGAAGGAAAAACUUAUUUUAAGCGCUCUCAGCUGAUUAUCUUGGAGGAGGAUGAAUAUGUAAAAAAAUCAAAACUUCUUAGGUCAGCCCAUGGCUCCGCUCUUUGUGACCUAGACCCAAUCCUCAAGACGCCCAAUGAAGAAGAAAAUCUUUUGUUAAAAAAAUUUGAGGAGCGAACUCGCGAGGAAAAAGAAAAGGGCAAUAUUAUGCCACGGCGGGAGGUUGUUAAGCUUCUCAGAGAAAGAAAUCAGCCUAUUCGUAUUUUUGGAGAGAGUGAUUGGGAUACAUUUCAAAGACUUAAGCGUGUUCAACUGUUAGAGCCUGAGACAAAAGGCUUCCGCAAUGAUUUGAUUGAGGCAUUGGACAAAGUUGAUGACGCAGAUGAUGAAGAUGUCUUUGCUGUCAAUAGGAAGUUGCAAGUAGUGAGUGGAAGUUCGUCAGAAGGAGGUUCUCUUGAAGUUGUUAUCAAAGAUGAUAUGCUCACCGAAUCAGAUCUAACAGGGAUGAAAUUCGCCCUAUCUAAGUAUGUAGCUAAGCAUGAAUCUACUGCGACUGAUGAUGCUACAAAGGCUGCGGUUCAGAUUUCUGCCGGCCUUGUAGACACAAAAGCUCCUAUCAUCUAUACUGAAGCUAAUUAUGAUGAUGAUAUUAAAGGGCGUGAAAAAGCUUGUGAAUUCACAUUAAGAUAUUUUAAGUAUUUGUUGACGAUAUGGGGCAACAAACUGAAUUCCAGGCCGAGAGAUGAGAAGCUUUCAUACUCUGGAAAGAUGGCUAGUGCGACUUAUGCACAGACUGUCGAAUAUAUAAAACCACUAUUUCGUUCAUUGAAACGUAAAGUAAUUUGGACUUUUCCACUCAAUGCCAUUUAA